AUGGGCGUCUUCACUUUCACUGACGAGUACACUUCCCCACUCCCUCCUGCAAGGAUCUUCAAGGCAUUGAUCCUCGACUCCGAAAACUUAAUCCCGAAACUCAUGCCACAGGCUGUCAAGAGCAUCCAAAUCGUCCAAGGCGAUGGCGGGGCUGGCAGCAUCAGGCAGAUCAACUUUGCUGAAGGCAACAUUGCUCACUCAACUUAUAACCGGAUUGACGAGAUCAAUGCAGAGACAUACACGUACAAGUACACGCUGAUCGAAGGCGACGCCUUGAUGGGGAAGCUUGAGAAGAUUGCCUACGAGGUUCAAUUCGUGCCCUCGCCGGGUGGUGGCACCAUCUCCAAGAUGACAAGCAAGUACUACACCUUGAGCGAUGAUGUCGUGAUAGGCGAAGAGGAGCUGAAAGAUGGCAAGGAGAAGGCCAUUGGGAUGUACAAGGUUGUGGAAGACUACCUCAUAAAAAACCCUGAUGCCUAUGCGUAAGUGGAUUACUGUGCUGGCCUUCUGGUGCUCUCUCUCAAGACUAUUGUCACAUUGUAUUGUUCUUAAUUUGCUUCUGUCUGGCUCUGCUUGCCCUUGGUUUGUAAUAAAAUCUCACACUGGAGAUCUAGUGUUAAAAUGAAAAAAUGGUACUUUUAUUAUGGGA